AAAUACAUUUUUGGACUUGACACUUGUUAAAAAAAUGUUAUUUUUUUGUUGAUUAAUUUUAAAUUAUAAUUACAAGUUAUAACAAACACUAUUUUUAAAAAUAAACAAAAACUAUGUGUGGUACAUGAAACAUUCCACUUAUCAACAGAAUUUGUAAACAAAACAAAAAUGAAAAUUAAUCUCGAACCAGACUGCCCAGACACCAUAUCAGUUGAUGUAAAUUUUUUUAUGAUGAAUCAUCAUUAAGUUGAUUGUGCAGUGUGUGCAAAUCGUUAUUAACAUUUCAUAUGUUUUACAAGUGUAAUUAAUUCAAAAUUAAAAUGGAAGAUGAAUUUACAGCGAGACCUUAUCAAAUUGACCUUUAUGAAAAGGCAAUUGCUGGUAAUACAAUUAUUUAUCUUCCAACUGGAUCUGGAAAGACAUAUAUUGCUGCAAUGUUAAUCAAAGCAAUGAGUCAAGAUGUUAGAGCUGAUUUUAGUAAAGGUGGUAAACGAACAAUAUUUAUUGUAAAUACUGUACCACUUGUUGAACAACAAUCAAUUUACAUAUCGAAAUAUACUGAUUUAACAUGUCAAGGUUACAGUGGUGAUAUGAGUGUUGUACACUGGAGUAAAAAUCAGUGGUUUGAUGAAUUUGAAAAAAAUCAAGUAUUAGUUAUGACUGCACAAAUAUUUGUUGAUAUAUUACAACACAGUUUCAUGUCACUUAAACAAGUUAAUUUAAUAAUAUUUGAUGAAUGUCAUCAUGCUGUUAAAGAUCAUCCAAUGAGACAAAUUAUGAAAGAAUUUGAACACUAUGAAAAACAUGAACAGCCAAAAGUACUUGGUUUAUCAGCAACAUUAUUAAAUUCAAAUGUUAAAGAAUAUAAUAUCAAUGAAACAAUUGAAUUUGUUGAAACAACAUUUCAUUCAAAAGUCAUAACAAUUGAUUCAAUGGUAUCAGUCAUUGGCUAUGCUAGAGUUACAGAAAAACAAGUAUUUUAUGAUGAUUCAUUAACAAAUUGUAACAGUAGUUUAUUCAUGAAUAUAUUUAAAGAUAUGACUGAAAUUUUACAAGUAACACAUUUACAAACACCAAAUUGUAAUCAAGCAUCAAGUGUUAUUUUUCAACCAAAAUCAACAAAUCGUAGACUCAUGUCAAUUGUUUUAUCAGCACAAGAACAUUAUAAUACAAUGGGUCUAUAUGGUGGUAGUACAGUUUUAUUAUUACAUUUAAUUCAAUUAUUAUCUAUGGAAAAAAAUAAAACUGACAGUGAUACAUCAUCUGUUAUAGCUUAUUUAAUAACUAAAAUAACAGUAUUAAGAAAAUUAAUGGAAUUUCAAAUGGAUGAAAAAAUAUAUUCAACAAAUUAUCAACGUAUUACUGAUAAUUCAAGUGAUAAAUUAAUUCAAUUAUUGUCAUUAUUAAAAGAAUACUGGAUUAAUCGUGAUGUUAAUAAAAAAUUUUGUUGCAUUAUAUUUGUUGCACGUCGUUUUACAGCAAAAGUAUUGUAUCAUAUACUAAAUAAUGUUAAAGAAUCAAAUGAAGAUUUUAAUUUUCUUAAGCCUGAUUAUAUGACUGGUUAUUCAAAUGAUCCAUAUAAAAAUGUGCCUGAAUCAAUGUGUAUUGCUAAAUGGAAUAAUGCAACAUUAGAAAAUUUUCGUCAAGGUGUAAUAAAUUGUUUAAUUGCAACUGAUGUUGCUGAUGAGGGUAUUGACAUACCAGCAUGUUCAUUAAUAAUACGUUACAAUGCACCAUAUGAUUUUAGAUCAUAUGUACAAAGUAAAGGACGUGCUAGAGAUUCAAGCUGUUUAUUUGUCAUACUUAUGGGAAAGAAUGAUUCGAAAUUAUUAGAUACAUAUUCAAAAUGGAAAAAAGUUGAAAAUUUAUUAAAAUGUCAUUUAACAAUGAAUGCUGAUGAAAGAAUUGAACCAAUACCUGAGGAUAUUAUUAAUAAAUUAUAUGCAAGUGAAAUAAAACCAUAUACAUUUGUAUCAUCAAAUGGUAAUCGUGCAUCAUUAACAGAUAUAUCAGCAAUAGCAUUAGUAAAUAGAUAUUGUUCAUCAUUACGUUCAUCAAAAUUUGUAACUUGUACACCAACACUUAUUUUGCAUAAAGUCAAAGGUGAUGAAACAACUGAUGGUCAAUCAGCCUAUUGGGUAUCAUUGCAAUUACCACUGGUAUCACCAUUACGUCAUGUUAUUAAUGGUGAUGUUAUGAGAACACGUUCAUUGGCAAAACGUUCAGUUGCUAUGAAAGCAUGUAUACAACUUCAUAAAAUUGGUGAAUUAAAUGAUAAAUUAUUACCACGUGAUGUUGAUGAUAUUGUUCAAGAUAUAACUGUUCAUUUACGUAAUUGGAAAAAAGAUAAAAUGAUUAUUGAUACAUGUACAGCAAAACAUCAUGAGUUGUAUCAAAUUUCAUCAUUUUUUAAAGCUCAACCUCAACCAAAUUCACGUGUUUUUCUUCAUGUUAUUAAUGUUAAACCUGCACAUUCAAUACCGUCACUUAAUCGACAUAAAGUUUUUUAUAAUUAUUUAAAUAAUGAUUGUUGCUAUGCAAUAUUAUCAAGUAAAAAACUUUUAGCUAUUCCAAGUUUUCCAAUAUACAUGCAAAAUGGUCAAUUAAAUGUUGAUAUUGCUGUUAAUCACAGUGAGUUAAUACUGACAUCUAGUGAUAUUGAUAAAUUAAAAAAUUUUCACUGGAUUAUAUUUAAUGAUAUACUUGAUAUAUUAAAAAAAUUUUUAGUAUUUGAUAAUGAUAAUUUGAGUAAUAAUUAUUUUAUUGUUCCUGUUAAUGAGCAGUGGAAAAUUAAUUGGGAUCUUAUUGAAAAAUAUAAAAAAGUUGUAUUAAUACCAGCAAAUGAAUGUACUAAAAUUGAUGACAAUGUGUCGUCAUUUGAUUUUAGUAAUACUCUUGAAGAAAAUUGGCAAAUUGUAAAACCAAGUUAUCGUUCAUCACAUGUUUAUAUUGUAACAAAAAUAUGUCAUGAUAUGAAUCCAUUGUCACCAUUUCUUUCCGAAACAAAAGUUGUGCCAAAUUACUUUGAAUAUUUUAAAAAAAGUUAUCAAGUUGAAGUUACAGAUAUGAAACAGCCACUACUUGAAGUUAAGCCAAUUUCAAAAAAUAUGAAUUUUAUUUUACCAAAAAUUGAAUAUAAUUCAGGUAAAAUUGAUGAACGUAAUGAAUAUUUUAUACCAGAAUUGUGUAAUGUCAUACAAUUUCCAGCAGUAUAUUGGCUAAAAGCAACUUCAUUACCAUCAAUUUUACAUCGUAUCAAUCAGCUGCUUGUUGCUGAUGAAUUAAGAUGUCAAAUUGUACGUGAUACUGGAAUGGGAAUAGUUGAUGUUGAAAAAUGGCCACCACUUGAAUUUACAGAGCAAGAAAAAAAUUUAUAUUAUUUACAACAACAACAGAGGGAAAAAAUAAUUGAUGCUGAUGAUGAGGAAGAAAUAAUCAACUGUGAUGAAAAAAUAAAUUUAACAAUAAUGGAAAAGAUGAAAAUUUAUCCAAGUACAUGUAUCAGUGAUAAUAUUGAUAAUAUUGAUAAUAUUGAAUGUCAAAAUUUACCAUGGCAAAAAGAACAAGAGCCAAUAAAUUUAGAAAAAAAUAUUAAUGCAGUUCAACUCGUUGACAUUGAGUAUUAUAAUAAAUUUAUAAAAAAUACAACAGUGACAAAUGAAGAUAUACUAAAAUCAAAAUCAACAUCAAUUAAAUAUUCAUCAAGACCAAAAGAUUUAAUUACACCAAUUUUAAAAAUAAUAAAUAUCAUUGAAAAUAAUAAUAUUGGACCAAGUCCAGUUGACAUAAUGUAUGCCCUAACACCGACAUAUGCUGGUGAUACAUUUAAUUUAGAAAGAUUAGAAACACUUGGUGAUUCAUAUUUAAAAUUUAUAACAUGUAUGCAUUUAUAUGAGACUUAUUCUGCUGGUGAGGGAAGAUUAACAAUGUAUAAAGAUUGUAUUGUUGGUAAUCGUAAUUUAUAUUACAGUGGUAAUUCAAAAAUGUUAGCUGGUAAAUUAAAAAUGAAUAGAUUUGAACCAAAUGGUAAUUUUAUAACACCAUCAUUUUGUACACCAACAGAAUUACAAUCAAUACUAAGAGACAAAAAAAUAUCAUCAAGUGUGCUAUAUGAAAUUAAAUUUUCUCAAGAUGAACAACAAAGUGGUAAUUAUCAUGAAAAAUUAUUGGAUGAUGAAUUUAUAAAUACAAUAGGAACAUGGGAAAAAUGUAAUGGAAAUAUAAAAAAUGAUAGUGACUCAUUUAUUGGUGUACAAUUUGUUAAAGAUAAAUGUGUAUCAGAUAGUGUUGAGGCAUUAACAGCUAUUUAUUUAAAUCAAAUGGGUCUAACUGGUGCAGCGAAAUUAUUAAAAUGGUUUGGUGUACUUCCAGAUAAUAUGAAUAUUAAUAAAAUACUCAAUGACAAACCAUCUGAUGGUCGUUUUACAAAUGAUGAUCCACUUAAACACAUGAAUUGGAUUGAUUCAAUUGAAUCAUCAAUUGGUUAUAAAUUUAAUAAUAAAAUAUAUUUAUUACAAGCAUUUACACAUUCAUCAUAUUCUGGGCAUGUUAUAACAUGUGAUUAUCAAAGACUUGAAUUUCUUGGUGAUGCUGUUAUUGAUUUUCUCAUAACUGUUUAUAUUUAUGAAAAUUGUGGUAACCUAAGUCCUGGAGAUUUGACUGAUUUACGUUCAGCACUUGUUAAUAAUAUAACAUUUGCUUGUUUAAGUGUUAAAUAUCGUUUACAUACAGCUAUUUUACAGUACUCAAUUCAGGUCAAUGAAUCAAUUGAAAAGUUUGUAAACUUUCAAUUGAAAAGAAAUUUUAAAAUUGAUGAUGAAUUAUUAUGGGUACUUUAUGAAGAAGAUGAAUGUAAUAUUUCUGAAUCAGUUGAAGUACCAAAAAUUCUUGCUGAUGUAUUUGAAUCAUUGAUUGGUGCAAUUUAUUUAGAUACAAAUAAAAAUUUAAAUAAAGUUUGGGAAAUUCUUUAUGGAUUAAUGCACGAUGAAAUUGAUAAAUUUUCAAAAAAUGUACCAAAACAACCGGUACGAGUUAUAUUUGAAACAACAUCAAUUAAUCCAAAAUUUUAUAAAGCUGAAAAAUUAGCAAUUGAUAAUAACACAAUGGUACCAUUAAGAAUUACUGUAGCAGGUGAAAAUAAUUUUUUUUAUGGAUUUGGUAAAACAUCUGAGACAGCAAAAAGAGCUGCAGCUAAACAAGCUUUAAAAUUUUUAAGAAAAAAUAAACUUAAUUAGUUUUAAAAUAUAUAUAACUAAAGUACUUAAUUUUAAUAAUUAUUAUUUUUAAACUUUGUCAAAGUUGAGAUAUGUAUAAUAUCAUUGAGCAUUAUGCAAUUAAUAUAUCGAAUUUUAAAUUAAUUGCCUCUGGCAAUGGAAUAAAAUCAAGAUCGAUAUUCAUGUUGACAUAAAUGUUUUUUAAAAAAAUAUUGUACAUUUCAAUUUACGAUGAUAAAUUGUUAAUACCUCGAGGCGAUUGUCAACAAUCAAGAUGAAACAAUUUGUUAAGUUUUUUACCAAAAAAAAAAAAAAAAAAUUGUCUAGUAUU